UAAUGGACAUCUCCGUUCCAGCCACAGACGAGGAAGAAACUAAUUUCCUCCCGUAUUUGGUGCUUUCUUCAUCGACCAAUCUAUAAAUAAUACCUUCCUGUAUCUGUUUCGAUUAUUCCUCCUUGCAUCUGUCUUCUCUGUUUGGUUGGAUUAAUUAUUGUAAAGAUGACUAUCAUCAUCAACCAGCCUCAGAUUGAGGAAGCCAAGGGCGUUUCCUCCGAUUCGAAGGAGUUGUUGUUGGAUGGUGGAUUUGUGAUGCCUGAUACAAAUGCUUUCGGCCAUACUUUCAGGGAUUAUGAUGUUGAAUCUGCGAGGCAGAAAUCAGUGGAAGAGUUCUACAGAAUGAACCAUGUUCAUCAAACUUAUGAUUUUGUUAAAAGGAUGAGAGAAGAUUAUGGAAAGUUGGAUAGGGUGGCGAUGACCGUCUGGGAGUGCAUUGAACUGCUUAAUGAAUUUGUCGACGAGAGCGAUCCUGAUCUCGAUGAACCACAGAUUGAGCACUUGUUACAGACUGCUGAGGCGAUUAGGAAAGAUUAUCCUGAUGAGGAUUGGCUUCACUUGACAGGCCUGAUUCAUGAUCUUGGAAAGGUGCUUCUUCAUCAUAAAUUUGGGCAGCUUCCGCAAUGGGCUGUCGUCGGGGACACAUUUCCUGUGGGGUGUGCUUUUGAUGAAUGCAAUGUUCAUCACAAGCAUUUUAAGGGAAACUCUGAUUAUCUCAAUGCUAAGUAUAACACCAAGCUAGGAGUUUAUUCUGAGGGUUGUGGACUUGAGAAUGUACUAAUGUCUUGGGGGCAUGACGAUUACAUGUAUCUGGUGGCUAAGGAGAACAAAACUACUUUGCCUUCAGCUGGCCUAUUCAUAAUCAGAUACCAUUCGUUUUACCCUCUGCACAAGCAUGGAGCAUAUCAGUACUUGAUGAAUGAGCAAGAUAAAGAGAAUAUGAAGUGGCUUCAUGUAUUCAACAAAUAUGAUCUUUACAGCAAGAGCAAAGUCAGAAUAGAUGUGGAGAAGGUGAAACCAUAUUAUCUUUCACUCAUUGAAAAGUACUUCCCAGAAAAGCUGAAAUGGUGAGGCCCUCCUCCUUCACCUGAUGCUGUGGACUCGAGAAGCAAUUCUUUUGAUUAAAUAAACAUGAGAAAUUGACUUGUUUGUGAGAUUCUCAGUGUUAUCAUCUCGAUUGUAAAGCUAUCUAUCUAUAUAUGCUGUAAUACUUAUUAAUAAACAAUGCUUGUUCA